CUUAUGUUUGAUUCUUUGCUCAUUUAAAAAAUAGUUUUAAAAAAAUCAGUUGCAGUGCGGACCCCCCUGUUUCAGUGAUGGUACGUUCCUGAGGGAAGAGAGGUAUGUUUCUCUGUAGAACUGCAGUAAAUAAAACGGAUUACUGAAUGAUAGAAAACAGAUUUAUAUGAUUUCUCCUCGGACUGUACAAGAUAAAGAGACAUUCAGAGUUUUGACCAGACAUAUUCACUCCAGCACAGCGUGUUUUGUGAGACAGAUCAGUAAAGAUGUCUUAUGUUAAAGAGGAAUGUGAGGAUAUCAGUGUGAUGGAGGCGACUGGACUGAAGAUGGAAAAUGAAGAGAUGGAGAAAGAACAUAUAUUCCAAGAAGACAUUAAAGAGGACUUCAAACUGGAAGUGGAGCUAUUCGAAGAAGAAUGUACCGCACAGAAAUUAGAUCAAACCGCUCAGCAUGAAAGAAGCUUCAGUGAGUCCUCCCAACAAAAAGAUCACCUGAGAAUUCAUACUGGAGAAGAAACUUUCAGCUAUUCACAGUGUGGGAAGAGCUUCACCUCUGAGAGUGCUCUGAAAUGCCACAUGGACGUCCAUGAAGGAACGAGUUCUCAUCAGUGCUCUCAGUGUGAGUGGAGUUUUGAACAUUUUACAGAUUUAGAACAACACGAAAAGACUCAUACUGGAGAAAAUCUGUUCGCCUGCUCUGAGUGCGGAAGAAGUUUUACGACGUCAAAAAACCUCAAAGUUCACAUGGUCAUACAUACUGGGAAAAAACCCUUCACCUGCACUCACUGCGGAAAAGGUUUUUCAACAGCAAGCUACUGUAAAACCCACAUGAUGAUUCAUACUGGAGAAAAGCCUUUCAGUUGCUCCCAGUGUGGGAAGAGUUUUUUGACCUCAGCCCACUAUAAAACCCACCUGAUGAUUCAUACUGGACAGAAACCUUUUGUCUGCUCUGAGUGCGGAAAAGUUUUCUUAACGUCAGGCCACCUUAAAACCCACAUGAUGAUUCAUACCGGACAAAAGCCUUUUACCUGCACUCAGUGUGGGAAGAGUUUUGUAUGUUUUGCAGAGUUAAAAGCCCACCAAAGGAUUCACACUGGAGAAAGGCCUUUUGUCUGUUCUCAUUGUGGAAAGACAUUUAGAGUAAAAAGAAACUUAAAAUUCCACAUGAUGAUUCAUACUGGAGAAAAGCCGUUUUCCUGUUCCGAGUGCGGAAAAACUUUUUCAAACUCAAGCCACCUGAAAGCCCACAUGAAGAUUCAUACUGGAGAAAAGCCUUUUACCUGCACUCAGUGUGGGAAGAGUUUUUUUACAUCAGCUCACUACAAAACCCACAUGAUGGUUCAUACUGGAUUAAAACCAUUUGCCUGCUCUGAGUGUGGAAAAGGUUUUUCAAAAACAAGCGAUGUUAAAAGACACAUGAUGACUCAUGCUGCAGAAAAGCCUUUUACCUGUUCGGAGUGCGGAAAAGGUUUUUUAAUGUUAAGCAACCUUAAAACCCACAUGAUGAUUCAUACUGGAGAAAAGCCUUUUACCUGCACUCAGUGUGGGUCAGGUUUCACCACUCCAAGUGCUUUAGCAGGUCACAUGUACAUACAUACAGGAAACAAACCUCAUCAGUGCUCACAGUGCGAGAAGAGCUUUGUACGUGUUUCAGAGUUAAAACUACACCAAAGAAUUCAUACUGGAGAAAGACCUUUCAUCUGUUCUCAGUGUGGAAAGACAUUUAGAGUAAAAAGAAACCUUCAACUCCACAUGAUGAUUCAUACCGGAGAAAAGCCGUUUUCCUGCUCUGCGUGCGGAAAAGCGUUUUCAAAUGCAAGCCACCUGAAAUCCCACAUCAUGAUUCAUACCGGAGAAAAGCCUUUUACCUGCACUCAGUGUGGAAAAGGUUUUUCAACAUCAACUCAUUACAAAACCCACAUGAACACUCAUACUGGAGAAAAGCCAUACACCUGCACUGAGUGUGGAAAAAGAUUUUCAAAAUCGAGUGACGUUAAAAGACACAUGAUGAUUCAUACUGGGGAGAAGCCUUUUGUCUGUUCUAAGUGCGGAAAAGGUUUUUCAGUAUCAAGUCACCUUAAAGGCCACAUGGUGAUUCAUACACGGGAACAGUUUUUUAAAUGCUCUCAGUGUGGAAAGACUUAUAAGAGUCAGAAAGCAUGUCAGAAGCACAUGAUGGUUCACACACAGUGAAGCCUUUUUCUUUGGAUGAAGUGUUGGAGACAGGCUUGCCUCUGCAAAUGCGCAGAAAUCUGAAAAUAUCAUAUAUAACAUAACAUACUGGAUAAAUAAUUGUGUUUAUUUGAGUCAUUUAUGCUUAAGGUACACUAUGUGGCCAAAAGCACAUAAGCACCUGACCAUCACACCUGU